CUCUCUCUCUCUCUCCAUCGCAUCGUCCUCGCCUUCGCUUUACCCCUUUCGUUCGCCUAUUCUGAAACCCUAGAAUUGCCAGGUGGGCGAGCACCGAAAUCCCAUAUUCGUGAUCCUUUUCCCGUUCUUUGAUCACGAUCUCGAUCCUUUUGUGUCCGGUGCGAAGCGAAGAAGCGGCCCCCAUGAACUGCGAAACUUGCCAACUCAAAGAACUGGUGGUGGAGCCGCCAGAGAUUAGAGAGGUGCUGCGCUGCAUAUUGCACACCAUUCUCUUCCAUAGAGCAUUAGGACUUGUUCGGCCCAAGGAUGUUGAAUGUGAACUGUUCGAUAUCACCUAUGUUCAGUGUGAAGAUCAUGAACUAGAAAAGAAAAUUGAUGAAAAGAUCAACCAGUUCAUUGGUUGGGUAGAGAAACACCCAAACAGGAAAAGCCAGGUAUGCAUAUCUUUCUACGAGGUCAAAAACAAGCAUGCAACAUGGUUUGGAAACAAAAUUGAGCGCUUUUAUUGGGAGCAGUGGUAUAUUAAUUUGCAUAUCAUAAGCCCUAAACCUCAUGGUAAAUCUCAUAAUACCAAAGCACAUGUGGUUACUGGAGAAAAUGCAUUUGAAGAAAGCAAUUCGAGAUGUGCUGCCUUGGAGUCAUCAUUACGUGAAGUCUUGUUUCAAAUUAUAAAAUUUGUUAACGAGAAGAAAGACCACAUUCCUCCUCUGCAGAAUUCUGAGAUCGUAUCAUAUCCAUAUGAGAUCUCAACCCCAAGUUCAUCAGACUCUUCCUUUGGUUGGCAUGCCGAUGUGCUUAAGAGGAUGCUGCAGACUGGACAUCCUUCCAUGCUUAGCUGACUAUAAAGCCGUGCUGAUUCAAGUUUCGUUCCUCAUUUCUGUUUAUACUAAGUGAUGCUGAAGCUGGAAGGAAAAGGCCUUAUCUUUUUUUUUUUCCUGUCAGUUAUCCAUGUACAUAACCCUUGGUCACCACUUUGAAAUGGUUGUCAUUUUGUACAGUUUCCUAAACUACAUUAAGGUAGUAAUGCACUGCAUCCAACUGCAAGUGCCUCUGCACCUUGGUGCCGAUCUCGUUGGCAACUUAUGAUGUGACUACUAUUUGUGACAAGUAACUCUUGGAUUUGUUCUGCUUGUUUCUGCUUGAUGUUCAUCAUUCUGCCCAAGUUGCUUGCCGAGUUUCAUAGGAUUAAUGGUUCUUAAACUUGAUUGUGUGUAAUAAUUGUAAGAGUAUUUGAGUAUGUUUUGGAACACA